AUGGGGGCACAACAAUCCAAUACCAAAAGUAGUCUUCUAAAAAAUUUUACGUAUAUGAUAGGUCAAGAUAAUACAACUGGAGGCCCCAAACGACCGCAAUAUAAAUUAAUGUAUUUUGAUUAUUUGAAUUUUUUAAAUUAUGAAAUAGAUCAUGAAGCGUGGAAAUGGAAAAUAUAUAAAAGAAAUGUCACUGGAGGAGGCGGUACUCUUACAGAGGACCAAAGAUUAUUUUGUGGAUGGAAACAAAUACAAAAAAAAAUAUUUGAUAAAUUGAAUGAACAACUUCAACUAGCAAGACCACCAACUCAAAGGAAGUAUAAGUGGGAAGAUGAUGCAUUACCAUUAAUAAAUAUUAAAGAAAACAAAUUAGGUAUUACACAAGAUUGUAAUCAAAUUAGCAUUAAGGAUAAUGAUAUCAAAGAACUACAGAAUGCUAAGUUUCCAGGUCUAUCUGGAGGAACAUCAAGUACUAAUUGUCCAGGUAUAAAUACUGCACCAAAUUUACAUAUUCCUCUACGUCGUCGAGCACUAUUAGUUGAAGGAAUAGAUCAAUAUAUGCAAGAAAUUAACGAUGAAAUUAUGAAGCCAGAAACGUUAAAAAAAGUGAUACAGAGUAACGUAAACGCCCAAAGUCAUAUAGGAGAACUUGCAGUUGAGCUGAAAAAAAAUAUGAUUGACGGGUUAGGUACUGGAUUAAGCAACCUUAUAAAUGAUAAAUAUAAGGAUACCGAGCAUAAAGCUUUUUGUAAUGAAUGGCAACGCACUAUGGAAGAUUACCAUACAUUAUUCUUAGGAGACGAUAUUGUUGAUGAAGAUGAAACGAAAAAAAUUCAAUGUAGAAUAAAAUUAAUUGAACAAAAGGCAAAAGAUUCAACCAAUUUUAAAAAAGGAUGGAGCAAGCAUUUUAAAAACCUAGUAAAAGAUUUACAAAAAAAUCAUUUGAAAGACCCCAAAACCCGAAACACUUGUCAAAUAUCGUAUGAGAAUAAAACGCAAUGUGUACGUUUUUUUGAAGAAUGGGCAGAAGAAUUUUGUUUACUCAAACGUGAUUUGGGACAAAUGUUGGUGGACGAAUGUGGUGGUGGUAGUACACCAAAUGUUAAUUGUAACAAUUUAUGUAGUAUAUAUAAAAAAUUUUUAGAUGAGUCAAAGCCUUAUUUUGACACAUAUAUGUCAACAUGUGUUAAACCUGAAUAUGGAUAUAAGCAAACAAAAACAGAAUUACAAGAUAGUUUCAUAAAAGCGGCUAAUAACAGUAUGAAUGAAUGCUGUAAAGAUUAUGGUGAUUGUAAUCAAACUGAAUUAUUUGAAGUUACUAACGAUAAAAGUAAUAUUAGAUAUAAAUGUUUUUGUGAAAAUGGUGGAUAUUAUACAAAACGUGAUAAUGAACCUAAAUGUCAAAAACUCCUGACCAAACCUGCAAUGACACAAGGUACUCCGGUUUCUGCUUCGUCACUUCCUGGUGCUGGAAUACAAAAUCCUGGUCCCACUAGUGGUACCGCCAGUCCCCAAACCGUGAUGGAAAUAGCACAAGAGGUACAACAAAAAGCACACGAGGAGGCGAAAACUCGUGCAGGUGAUAGUUUGAAAGGAAGUAUAGAAAAUGCGAAAUUUAAAAAUAAUGAGACCGGAAAAAACCUCAAAGAUAAUAUUUGCGACAUUGACAAACAAAAACAUACGAAUGAUGUUCGAACAUAUAGAGAUAGUUCUAAUCUUAAUGGUAACCAACAUCGCGGACCAUGUACCGGAAAAGGAGGAAAUAAUCCAGAUAGAUUCGUUAUAGGAAAAAAAUGGGAACAAGAUAAAGGAAAAGUAAGUGCUGGAAACGACGAUAUCCUCUUACCUCCUAGAAGACGAGAUAUGUGUACUUCUAACUUGGAAAAUUUAGCAGCAUCAGGUGGUACACCCGAAUUACUAACUCGUGGUAACGUCAACGACUCGUUCACUGGAGACGUAUUGUUAGCAGCAAAAGAAGAAGCAAGCAAUAUAUUGCAAUUGUACGGUAAUUCUAAUGACCAAUCUGGAAUGUGCCGGGCGGUGCGGGCCAGUUUUGCCGAUCUAGGGGACAUUAUACGUGGAAAAGACAUAUGGGAGAAAAAUGACGAUAUGAAGAGGUUACAAGAUCAUUUGGGGAAAAUAUUUGCUAAAAUUAAAGAAGAAAAAGGAAACGGUAAAUAUAAUACCGACACCGAACCAUAUACACAGUUACGUUCUGACUGGUGGUCGGCCAACCGCGACCAAGUAUGGGAAGCUAUGAAAUGUGUGGUACAGGAUUUAGUGGCCACCACAGAAACAUAUAGUGGUAAAGGAGGAGUGAGUGGUACGGCCUCCGCUUUUUGUGGCUAUAACACCGAGGUACCUGUGGAUGACUACAUACCGCAGAAGUUGAGAUGGCUCACCGAAUGGAACGAGAGCUAUUGUAAACAGAUGAAAAAGGAUUUUAACGCGGUAAGGGAAGUGUGUAAUAAGUGCAAAAAUAGUGGUGACUGUGACAAAAACAACGAUAAUUGUGAUAUGUGCUCUGGUAUGUGCACUGUAUAUGGGGAACACGUUAAGGAUUGGAAAAACCAAUGGAAUAAACAAAAAGAUAAAUACAACCAGUUAUAUAGUAGUAGUGCUGGUAAUGAGAAAGAUUUUUUUGAUAAACUUAAAGGAAUUUCCGGUACUGGAAAGAACUAUUCAAAUCCUGAAGAUUUUGUAGAAUCAAUGGGAGGAUAUAGGUAUUGUAAGGAUACACAGCAAAGAGAAAUAAAAAACGAAAGUAAGGAGGAUUACAUAUUUAAAGAUAAACCCAAAGAUUAUCAAGAAGAAUGUAAAUGUAAAGAUAAGGACACAUCACCUCCAGCAGGACCUGCACCUACAGCACCUAAAACACCUACAAAAUCUCCUGAAAUAGAAAAAUGUCAAGAUGCUUUUAAUGGUAGUAAUGCUAGUGGCCAACAAAAGGUAGAUUUGAGUGAUUGGGAUUGCAUACAAGACAAUGAUAUGUGCAUAAACAAAAAUAGUACUACACACAAUAUUAGUAAUUAUAGUAAGCAGUUUGAGACCAUUUUUGAAGAAUGGUUGGACUCUUUUUUUAAAGAACAAAAAAAUGUUAAAGAAAAAUCAGAUGACUGCACAACAUUAACAUCAAAUUCAAGUGAAUGUGAUAAUAAAAAAUGUAAUCAGAAAUGUCCUUGUUAUGAAAAAUGGGUAAAAAGAAAAAACCAAGAAUGGAAGCAUUUUAGAAAAUUUUAUGGUGAAUUUCAGAUUAUAAAUCCAAGUUUGUCCACUAGUCUUUUCAAAAAGGGAAAAAAUGCAGAUGAAUAUGUGAAAAACAAAAAAACUACUGAAAUUUCGGAAUACAAAAGUUCGAAUUCUACACUUAAAAGUUCUACCAAUGUUACCAUUAAUCAAAUCCUCCAACACGAAAAUACCAAAGUGUCCACAUGUUUGAAAAACUGUCCCAUAAAAAUUCCAUGUAAAGACAAAGGGUUCGGGAACCACUGGAACUGUGACAACACGAAGAGUGGUACCGCAGCGGGUGGUAAGGACAAUAUGUGUAUUAAGAAAGAAGAGGAUGACCAACCAAGUGGUGGUGGUACUAGAGCACCACAACAACAAAAAAAUAGUGAUACCACUGAGACGUUUUAUAACCUCUUUAAUGAAUGGUUGCAUGAUAUGGAACAGAUGUUGGGCACAGGAAAAACAUUAGUGGAACGGGCAUGUAGUGGUAGUACGAGUGGUGGUGGAGCGAGUGUCAAACCAGGUGCUAGUGGGACACCAGGUUCCAGUGGUGAAAAGGAUUGUAAGGAAUGUAAGGAGUUGUGUGGGUGUUAUGAGGAAUUGAGAAAGGAAAUUGAGAAACAAUGGGGAAAUCAAACAACGAAUUAUAACCAUCAUAAAGGUAAUACAAAAGAUGAGGAGAUGAAGGAUUUAGAACUUGAUAUUUAUUUGAAUGCACAAUGUAUUUUGAAUGAAAGUGUGAAAUCAGAAAAAACUCAAAGUAUACAAACUGAAGAUUAUGAUAAUUCCUAUGAAAUAUGUGAAAAACGUAAAGGAACAAAAGACAAUUAUGUUCAAGCAUUGAUAGACAAGAGUAAGGAAGAUAAAACAAAAUUAUGUGAUGAGUGCAAAGAUUAUCAAAAACAAAAAACUCAGACAGAUGGAUGUGAUAAUAUAGGUAAUGCUACUGAUUGUCAAAAAAAAGAUUAUGACGAACUAAAAUAUGCUUCGAAGAACAACAAUGAACGAAAAAAAGAAUGGUCAUGUAAAACUAAUGAUAAAAAUUCAGAAAUUCAUAAACAUGUUUGUGUUCCUCCUAGAACACAACCUUUAUGUAUAGCAAAUAUGUACGAUAGUGGAAAACGUACAUUAAAAUUGACAAAUUCAGAACCUGAGUUGAAAAAUAAAUUGAAAGAAGCAAUUAAAAAAGAAACAUCACUCUUAUAUGAAUACUACAAACAAAAAAACUCCUCUACCACCACACCUGGCACCCCCACUAACCAAGUACCACCCCCUGGAUUUUGUGAGGCGGCGUACCGCAGUUUUAAUGAUUUCAAACAUAUGGUGAUUGGUGAUAUGUUGUGGGAACCAACAAGUAUUAAGGACGUACAAAAUAAAAUAGGUGAAAUUAUUAAAACCACUAUACCAAGUAGUAGUACUAGUGGUAAAAGUGCUACCCCUGAGGAUAGAGAAAAAUGGUGGAAAAGUAACGAAAAAGAUUUUUGGGAAGCUGUCAAAUGUGGUAUAGAGGAGGCAAACAAACAAAAUGGUGUUCCCACUAGCGGUGGCAACCACUGUGCGCGUCUUAUCACAGAGGAUGACCAGUUUGAGUGGUGGGCAAAAGAGUGGUCGGAUGAUUUUUACCACAAACGUAACGAGGUGUUAAAGGAUUUUGACACGAAAUGUAAGACUGAUAAUAAUGGUAAGAAUAAAGAUUGUGAGAAUGGUAAUAUGAAAGCUGGUAGUGAGUGUAACCCCAAGUGUGAAGAGUAUAAAAAAUUUCUUCAAAAAAAAAGGAGUGAAUGGACAGAAAAUUUCAGAAAAUAUUUAAAAGAACAAGAAACGAAGAACCCUGAUAAAUAUUCUGAUGAAAUUUUUUAUUUAUUAAACCCUUGUACUUAUCAGAGUUGUGAUAAUAAAUAUAUAACAGCACUACUAAAUGGUAAAACGUAUGGAGAUAAACAAAAAUUGUGCGCAUGUGAUGCAGAGUCACAAAAACCGGAUGAAACCAAUCCAUGUAGUGUUAAUUUCACGGAAUAUGGUUGUACUGAAAAAAAGUAUAGAGAUAUCUGGAGUACAGUGAGUGUGAGACACCAGACCGAUCGUGGGAAAGUGUACGCCCCGCCGCGACGGAACAGUAUGUGUAUCGGGUGGUUAUUCUCGCCCAUAAUUGGUGGGAAACACGAUACGAGUGGUACAAAACCUAGUGGUAUGAACAAAGAUAGAGCCAAAAACCUAUUAAAAGAAAAAUUAAUUAACGCUGCAAAAGGUGAGUCACAUUAUUUAUAUAAAUAUUAUGAAAAAAAUAAUGGUAUCACAGGCGGUAGUGAUAGUAAAUACUGCUCCGCGUUGCGUCGCAGUUUUUAUGAUUAUGGCGAUAUGGUCCAAGGCACCGAUCUGUGGAACGCGGGGUAUUCGUCACUAGUGGAGAAAAACAUACACGAGGUUUUCGCCAUGAAAGAAAGUGGUAGUACCACUGGUCCGAGUGAGGACGAAAUUGUGGCUGACAGACAGGGUUGGUGGGAAGUAAACAAACAAUAUGUGUGGCAAGCCAUGAGGUGUCCCACUAGCCAGUGUAGUGUCGAGUUACCCACUGACUAUGAUUCCCACGAUCAGUUUUUGCGUUGGUUUAUCGAAUGGGGCGAACAUUUCUGUGAGGAGAAGAAGAAAUAUAUGGAAACACUACGUAUUAAGUGCCUGGUUGAUCCGUGUGACAGUAUGUGUGCAGGAACUACAUGUCCACCAUGUCAAAAACAAUGCGCAAAAUAUCAUAAUUGGUUACUAACUAAGAAAAAUGAAUGGAAUGGACAAAAAAGUAAAUAUACAGAAGAAUAUAAAAAAAGAAAAGAAAAUCAUGGUAAAUAUGCUGGAACAAAGGAACGUCCUCACAAAUAUUUAACCACAAAUGCAACGAUAUGUAAAGAUGAAGAUUUUACUAAAUUAUUUAAGAGACAUGACGACAAAUAUAAACCAUAUAAACAAAAAUGUAAAAGAUGUAUAGAUGAAUUAACUCAAGAUGUUGUAGACAAAAUUAAAACAAAAAAUGGUGGUACUUCCACUAGAAAAACAAAUAUCUUUUGGUUAUGUAAAGGAAAUUGUGAUGUAAACAAUACAAAUUUGUAUAAGGAACACGUUGAAAAAGACAAGGACUAUGGAAAAAUUAAGGGACAGGGUAAUUGUAAAGGAUUAAAAUCUGCAGCAGAAGAGACACAACAAGGAAAGGGGAUUAAAUGGAAAAAUAAUGAAGAUACAGAAUUUAGCCAUUUGAAGACAGGUCCUAACUAUCAAAAAGACCCAGUAUCUGAACAAAUAUAUAUUCCCCCAAGAAAACAAAAAAUAUGUUUUCAUGGACUUGAUGGAAAAUACGAAGGUAAAGAUAAUGAUGUUAAAGAUAAAGAUAAAUUGUUCGAAUAUUUGCUAAAAGUAGCAUCAAUUGAAGGAUAUAAUUUAGGAGAAUAUUAUAAAGAUAAAGAAACAAAUAAAACUGGCAAAAACGCAGAUAAUUAUGCUUACGAAGUUAGUCCCUGUAGUGCAAUGAAAUAUAGUUUUCUAGAUUUAAGAGAUUUAAUUAUAGGACAUGAUAUGUUAGAACCUGAUACUACUGAUACCGGAAAAAAAAUUAAAGAAAUAAUAGGAAAUGGAAACACAACUGAUAUAGAUAAAAAGCGUAAAGAUUUUUGGAAUCAGAACAAAGAUUGUGUAUGGAAAGCUAUGUUAUGUGGGUACAAAAAAAGUGGCGGUGACACACUAACAAACUGUGACACAAAUCCCCCUAGUGAUAAAGAUUUCCCACUUGGCGAUGACCGCCCUAGUGGCACUGCACACCAAUUUUUACGAUGGUUUGCCGAAUGGGGGGAAGAUUUUUGUAAAAAACACCACGUGGAAAAGGAGAAAUUGGAAAGCGCGUGCAAUAAAUGCACAGAUGUCGUAAAAUGUACUGGAUGUGAGGAGUGCACAAAACAAUGUCAAAAAUAUAAAGCAUUUAUUGAAAAUUGGAAAGCUCAAUAUAAUAAACAAAAAACAAAAUAUGAUACGCUUAAAGGAGAAAAUCCAUAUAAAACUCUUGAUGAAGUGAAAAAUUCUGAUCAUGCUUAUGAAUAUUUAGACAAAUCGUUAAAAAAAAGUUGUCCAAAUAGUGGUAAUCCUGGUCCAACUAGUGGUACCAAUGAUUGUAAUUGUAUGAAAGACCCCUCCACACAACAACCAAAUAGUGGUGUUAUACCCCAGUCGUUGGAAUAUCCCCCAAGUGGGUAUAAAGAUAAAUGUGAUUGUAAUACCUCUAGUGCUGCUAAACCCGCUCCUGUGAAACCGGCGGCAAACAAUAUAUGUGAUGACGUUAAGAAACACAUUGAGAAUAAUGAUAGCAGAAAAAAAAGUAGUGGAGGUGGUUGCAGUAAAAAAAAUUUUGACACGAAAAGUUGGGAUUGCACAAAUAAAAGCGUUGAUACAACAAAAUAUGAUGGUGCAUGUAUGUCUCCUAGGAGACAAUCGUUAUGUAUAUUUUAUUUAAAAGAAAAAUCUUUUAAAGACAAAAACGAAUUAAAAGAAGCACUUAUCAAAUCUGCAUCACUGGAAACAUAUAGAUUAUGGGAAAAAUAUAAAUCAGAUCACCCUGGUGAAGAACAGAAAUUAAAAACAAGUAGUACUAUUCCUGAAGAGUUUAAAAGAAUUAUGUUCUAUACUUUUGGAGAUUUAAAAGAUUUAAUUUUGGAUACAGAUAUAUCAACAAAGGAUCAACAGAAGAAUCCUCAUGUGGUAGCAGCAAGACAGAAAAUAACUGAAGCUUUCACAAAAAGUGGCAAAAGUAAGCCAACAGAUCGUCAAACCUGGUGGAAUAGUGUCGCCACGGAGGUUUGGGACGCGAUGGUGUGUGCACUAUCAUACAAUGGUAAAAAUAUGGACACAAAUAUACGCGACGCUUUAAAACAAAACAACAACAACACAUAUGAAAAAGUGAAAUUUAGUGACACCACCACAUCUAGUGGUAACAACGGCCUCGCGGCAUUCGCCUCUCGGCCGCAGUUUUUACGAUGGUUAACCGAAUGGGGGGAACAAUACUGUCGUGAGUACAAUAGGGAGUAUCAGGAUUUGGUGAGGGAGUGUAAGACUUGUACUGAUCCCGCAACUUGUGGGCCCGAAUGUGAUAAGUGUAAAGCACAAUGUACAAAAUAUCAAGGUUGGCUUACAACGUGGAAAAAUAAUUAUAAUAGUCAAAAAGGGAAAUAUGAUAAGGUUAAAGGUGAACAGAUAUAUAAAGAUGCUGAUACUGACGUAGAAAAUUCAUCAGAUGCACGAGAUUAUUUGAACAAAAAAUUGCAAAAUAUGAAAUGUACAAAGAAUGCAACUACUAAAUCUUGUGAUUAUACCUGUAUGGACAACGCCUCCACCAAAUCGUCGUCGUCACCACCGUUACCAGUGUCGAUGGAGUAUCCGCCAAAAGAUUAUGAAAAUAAAUGUAAUUGUAAGCCAAGUGGUGGUGGGGCACAACAUUCAUCGACACCUACACCACUACAACCGAGUACUACAGUGGAUAAUGGACAGGGACCAAAAGCUCCGGAUCAAGGAACAAAAGGUGGCAAAGAUGCUGGUCAACCUGGUCAAAAACCUGGUGAACCCAACCCUGGUCUCUCUCCUGGUUCUGCUCAUGGUCGUCCUAAUCCUAUAGAUCCUAGUGGUCCUGGUGGUACUUCUACUAUUAAACCCACAACACCUCCAGAAAAUAUGAAUUGUGUAGAGCAAGCGGCAAAUAAAAUAAGAGAAGAAGAAGCGGCAAAUAAUGUGAAUAGUAAAUUGAAAGGGUAUAGUAAAAAUAUUAAUGAUGAUUGUAACAAAAUACAGGCAGCCAUUAAAGAUGAAAAUGGUACUAUAACAAUUGAUAAUAAAAAAUUGAAGGAAAAAUUCCCACCAAAUGAAUAUUCAUGUGAAAAUGUUGGAAAAGAUCGUUUUGAUGUAGGAAAAUCAUGGAAUUGUGUAAACAUAGGGAGAAAAGGAAAAUAUACGUGUAUUCCUCAUAGAAGAGAACAUAUGUGCAUAAAGAAAAUAAACGAUAUGAUGAGUGUAACUGUUUCAGAUAAACAAAAAUUAUUGGAGGAAGUCAUGAAAGCUGCACAAGAAGAAGGAAUAGAUAUUUUAAAAAAAUUGAAACCAGAAAAGCAAACUGAAUUGUAUAAUAUAUGUGAUGCUAUGAAAUAUAGUUUUGCAGAUAUAGGAGAUAUUAUUAGAGGAAGAGAUUUAUUGAAUAAAUAUAGAAAUGCAUCGAUACAAACAAGAUUAAAAUCAAUUUUCAGAAAUAUAUAUGAUAAAUUGCAAACAGAUAAAGAUAAAUAUACGUAUGAUCAUCCAAAUUAUUAUACACUACGUUCUGAUUGGUGGAAUGCUAAUAGAGAAGAUAUUUGGAAAGCUAUGACCUGUGUUGCACCAAAAGAAGCAAAAUUUUUAAAAAAAAAAGACACAAAUGGAACUACAAUAUCGUCACAACAUGAAAAAUGUGGAUAUAAUAAAACCACUCCUGUUGAUGAUUAUAUUCCUCAACGAUUUCGUUGGUUAACUGAAUGGAGCGAAAAUUAUUGUAAAGGAAAAAAAAAAAAACUCGAUGAAUUAAAAGGUAAAUGCGAGACGUGCACUAAAAAUUCGUCAUGUGAAGAUGAUGCUGAUGGGAAAAAAUGUAAAGAAUGUAAAAAAACAUGUGAAUCCUUUACUAAGUUUGUUAAAGAGUGGCAACAACAAUUUAAUAUACAAUCGAAAACAUACAAAGAUUUAUAUGAAGAAGCAAAUACAAGUAGUGGUAAUCCUCCCACUAGUAAUGACCAAGAUACAAAGUUUUUACAAAAAGUGAAAGACAAAUGUGGUGAUGAUACAAGUAGUGCGGACAAAUAUCUGGAUAAAGCAAAUAAUUGUACAGAUUAUAUAUUUGAAAAUAGUAAUAAUGAUGAUUAUGCGUUCAAAGAACAACCUCCAAAACCGUAUGAAGAUAAAUGUAAAUGUACAGUUCCUGAUCCUUUAGAUAAAUGUCCUAAAGAUAAGGAUAUAUAUGACAACGUGUGUAACACCUUUUCUAUUACCAAAACAUGUGAAAAAAAAACCUUUAUGGAAGAUCUGGAUAAUUGGAAUUCACAGGACGUGAAAAAUACAAUACCUAACAAUAAAGGUGUGUUAGUUCCUCCUAGAAGAAGAUAUUUAUGUCUUAAGUAUAUAACUACAAAGUUAAAUUCAACAACAAAUAAAGAUAAUUUCAAAAAAAUACUUCUUGAAUAUGUCUUCACUGAAGGAUACUAUUUAUAUGAUAGAUAUAAAAAGCAACCUACAAAAGCAUUAGAAGCUAUGAAAUAUAGUUUUGCGGAUUAUGGAGAUAUAAUUAAAGGUAAUGAUAUGUUGGGAGGAAGUGUUGUCGAUGAGUUAAAUAAAAAAUUAAAUAUAAUGUUUUCAAAUAAUAAUGGUUCAUCUACUGAUUCUACUGAUGAUCGUAAAAAUUGGUGGGAAGAAAAUAAACAAAAAGUCUGGAAUGUUAUGUUAUGUGGAUAUCAAAAAGGUAAAAACAACCAUAAUGAAAAAUUGGAUCAAACAUGGUGUGAUGUACCUAAAGAAGAUGAAACUCCUCAGUUUUUAAGAUGGUUAGAAGAAUGGGCAACAAUAUUUUGUAAAGAAAAAGUAGAUGAAGCAAAAACUGUUGUAAAACAAUGUAUAGAAACAAAUAAAAUACAAAGUGCCACAAAAAUUGAUGAAAUACAAGACAACACAUGCAAAAAUAUACUAGAAAAAUAUAAAAAGUGGUAUAUUGAUAGAAAUAGACAAUGGAAUGGAUUAAAGGAUGCAUAUGAAAAAAAUAAAAAAACAAAUAGUGCUUCUUCCGGAAACUUACAACUACCAGAUGGUGCUGAAGAUUAUGUGAAAAACAAAUGUUCUAAAUGUGAUUGUAACUAUGAUGAUUUAGAUAAAAUAUCUAAAUAUCAAGAACAACAAAACGAAUUAUUGAAGGAAUUAAAGAAAGUAGCUAAAUAUGAUAGUAUUGAUCCUAAGAAUAGCCUCUUUUACAAAUUUUUAACUGUUGGUGGAAAGGGACCAGAAAUUGUAAAAGAUGUUAUUAAAGCUACUCCAAAUAUACUUCAAAAAGGAAUUGAAUAUGGUGUUCCAGCUACAGUAAUGGGAAUAGGAACUGGAAUAGGAGCUGCAAAAGCUGUGGCAACAAAAAUUUUGGAUAAACUCAUAAAAUUCAUUAAUCCCUCCAGUGGCGCUACGUCACCAAAUGGUAACGUGACACCACAACCAGCACCUCCAGAGCCAGAUAUAGGCAAAACUAACGUCCCAUCACCACACCCUGUAAACCCCCAACAAAAUGACGACCCCAUGAAUAGCAUCGUGUUAUCGACUGUUCCUCCUGUUGGGAUAGGAGUUGUGUUAGGAUCGAUUGCUUUAUUGUUUUAUUUGAAGAUACCCCAAAAUGAUGAGGCAAUGCCGACAAAAACAUCGACGAAUAGAUAUGUGCCCUAUGGUCGUUAUAAAGGUAGAACAUAUAUUUAUAUGGAAGGAGACGAACCGGACGAUUAUCUUCGUGAUAUAUCUUCUUCUGAUAUUACUUCAUCUUCUGAAAGCGAAUAUGAAGAGAUAGAUUUAUAUAAACCACGUAGUCCUAAAUAUAAAACUUUGAUCGAAGUAGUACUAAAACCAACAAAACAACCAAAUGAUACACCAAGUGGUACUCUACCUAGUGAUAUACCAAAUAGUGGUACCAUACCAAAUAGUGGUGAAAAACCAUUUAGUGGUGACAUACCUAUAGAUGAUGAAUGGAAUGAAUUAAAAAAGGAUUUUAUAUCGAACAUGUUACAAAAAGAUAUACCUGGAAACAUUACGGAUACUAAUACUUCAUAUAGUGGUAUGCCUCUAGAACAACCUUUUAUUACUCAAAUCCAAGAUCGAAAAUUAUAUAGUGAUGAUAACGAAAUUAUAUAUAAUAUUAAUUGGAAUGUUCCGGAAAAUAUUAAUAGGACUACUAAUAUCAUGGAUGAUUCAAAAUAUGGUUCAUCAAACGACAAAUAUUCUGGAAUUGAUCUAAUUAAUGAUGCUUUAAAUAGUGGUAAUGAUAUUUAUGAUGAGUUACUCAAACGAAAAGAAAAUGAAUUAUAUGGAACAAAUUAUCCAAAAAAUACAACAACAAAUAGUGUUGUCAUGGAAGCAAAUAGUGAUCCUAUAAGUAAUCAAAUAGAUUUGUUUAAUAAAUGGUUAGAUAGACAUAGAGAUAUGUGCAACCAAAGGAAAAAUAAAGAAGAAAUAUUAGGUAAAUUGAAUGAUGAAUGGAAUAAAGAUAAUAAAGAACAUUUAUUCUAUACAUCAACUCAUGAUGAUAUUAAUAGAAUUAAUGAUGAAACACAUGUUAUGAUUAAUGAAAACACACAUGAACGUAAUGAUAUAACAUCAGUUGAACAUCUUAGAUCUACAAAUAUCCCUCCUAAUGAUCUUACAACUCAAAAUAAUGGAUUUCGUACAAAUACGUUACGAUCAAAUAUAUUUAUGGAUAUACAUUUUGAUGAAAAUAAUAAUAUACCACGUGAUAACGAUUAUUUGGAGAGUUCGUAUAAUUUUUGA